AUGAAGCUCUUCAUUGCUGCCCUCCUGGUCGCGGCCAACGUCGUGUCCGCCCACUUUGAGCUGAAUUAUCCAACCUGGCGAGGCGACUCCUUCCUACCGCCGGCGUCUCAAUACAUCUUCCCAUGCGCCAACGUCAACACAUCUGCCGAAUCCAACGCCAACCGCACCCUGUGGCCCCUCGAUGGCGGCUCGCUGGUCAUCGACUUCCACCACCCGUGGACCUAUGUCGCCUUCAACCUGGGCUUUGGGAGUGACAUUGCCACCUUCAACAUCUCACUGAACCCGAUGCUGCUCAACGAGACGGGCAACGGCACCAUUUGCAUCCCCAAGUGGACGCUGCCGGCGGACCUGGGCAUCACUGAUGGCAUGGACGCGUCGCUGCAGGUCAUUACCAUUGGGGAUAGUGGGAGUGCUUUGUACAAUUUCUACGUUGUCGAUGUCGACACAGCCCCCUCCCCCGACCUCCCGUCCUGGCCGAGUGACGCCAACGCCACCCUCCUUCCCGAAGACCAGUGCCAGAACUCAACGGGCGUCGAGAUCUACCCUCUCGUCCAACAACUCGCCGACGGGUCCAGCGCGUCAGAGGCGACGGCCACGGUCACAGUGACUGCGACUGCUACAGCUGAAGCUACGACCAACGCGGGAGCCAGGCUGAGCGUGCAGCAGAUGGGCGGGCUUGCUUGGAAUGUUGGCCUCGCUGCCGUCGUGGCACUUGGGCUUGGAUUCUAG